AUGUCUUGUUAUAACCGAGCAUUAUUAAUCGGCAACAAAGUCGUAGUUACACUUGUAUUUCUCUUAUGUUUGGUUCACUCAUCAGAAUCACUUCGGCCACUGUUUGCAUGCGACCCGGCAAAUGGGUUAACCCGGACACUCCGGUUCUGUCAGGUCAAUAUACCGGUCCACGUGAGGGUUCAAGACUUAAUCGGACGGCUCACGUUGCAGGAGAAGAUCCGCCUCCUCGUUAACAAUGCCGCCGCUGUGUCACGCCUCGGUAUUGGAGGCUAUGAGUGGUGGUCCGAGGCUCUCCACGGCGUUUCCGAUGUUGGCCCCGGAGCUAAGUUUGGUGGUGCGUUUCCUGGUGCCACCAGCUUCCCUCAGGUCAUCACCACCGCUGCUUCUUUCAACGAGUCUCUGUGGAAAGAGAUAGGACGGGUGGUGUCUGAUGAGGCAAGAGCUAUGUAUAAUGGAGGCGUGGCCGGUUUGACAUAUUGGAGCCCAAAUGUGAAUAUACUGAGGGACCCACGGUGGGGCCGUGGCCAGGAAACUCCCGGAGAAGAUCCUCUUGUCACCGCAAAAUAUGCCGCCAGCUACGUUCGGGGACUUCAGGGCGACGGCGCCGGUAACCGCCUCAAAGUCGCCGCAUGUUGCAAGCAUUACACUGCUUAUGAUCUUGAUAACUGGAAUGGCGUCGACCGUUUCCAUUUCAACGCAAAGGUCACCCAACAAGAUUUAGAGGACACAUACAAUGUACCAUUCAGAGCUUGUGUUUACGAGGGAAAUGUCGCCAGUGUUAUGUGUUCGUACAAUCAAGUCAAUGGCAAGCCAACUUGUGCUGAUGAAAAUCUCUUAAAGAACACUAUUCGUGGUCAGUGGCAACUCAACGGGUACAUUGUAUCAGAUUGUGACUCGGUCGAUGUUUUCUUCAAUCAGCAACACUACACGGCAACUCCGGAAGAAGCCGCUGCUGCCGCAAUUAAAGCUGGUUUGGAUUUGGAUUGUGGGCCGUUUUUGGCAAUCUUCACUGAAGGAGCUGUGAAGAAAGGAUUGUUGAUAGAGAAUGACAUUAACUUAGCACUUGUUAAUACCAUAACGAUUCAAAUGAGACUUGGUAUGUUUGAUGGUAAUCUUGGCCCUUACACUAACCUUGGCCCUAAAGAUGUUUGUACUCCGUCUCAUCAACAUUUAGCCCUUGAAGCGGCUCAUCAAGGCAUUGUUCUUCUCAAAAACGAUGGCCGCUCUCUUCCACUCUCCCCUAGACUCCACCGUACCGUCGCCGUGAUUGGACCUAACUCUGAUGUAACUGAGACAAUGAUUGGAAACUAUGCAGGGAAAGCUUGUGCCUAUACAACACCAUUGCAAGGAAUCUCAAGAUACGUGAGAACACUUCACCAAGCUGGUUGUUCUGGCGUGGCUUGCGCAGGAAACCAAGGGUUUGGUGCAGCGGAGGUGGCAGCGCGUGAAGCUGAUGCAACGGUUCUUGUGAUGGGUUUAGACCAGUCUAUAGAGGCAGAGACACGAGAUCGAACCGGACUACUCUUACCGGGUUACCAACAAGACCUUGUGACCCGUGUGGCUCAAGCUUCUAAAGGUCCAGUCAUUCUAGUUCUUAUGAGUGGUGGACCUAUAGAUGUAUCUUUUGCUAAAAAUGAUCCACGUGUUGCUGCCAUUAUAUGGGCCGGGUAUCCGGGUCAAGCCGGUGGAGCUGCCAUUGCCGAUAUUAUUUUUGGUGCUGUUAACCCUGGAGGAAAACUACCAAUGACAUGGUAUCCACAAGACUAUGUGGUGAAAGUUCCAAUGACGUUAAUGGCCAUGAGAGCAUCAGGAGAUUACCCAGGAAGGACUUACAGAUUCUAUAAAGGUCCUGUGGUAUUCCCAUUUGGGUUCGGUUUAAGUUACACUACCUUCACUCACAGUUUAGCUCAAAGCCCACUAGCCCAAUUAUCGGUUUCACCACACAAACUCAACUCUGCCAUUUUCAACUCCUCAUCUAACUCCAUCAAAGUGUCUCAUGUCAACUGUGAAACGUUUCCAAAAAUGCCUAUCCAUGUUGAAGUUUCAAACAAAGGUGAACUCGACGGAACCCACACGGUCUUUGUCUUUACCGAACCGCCAAAAAACGGGAUAAAAGGUUUGGAUGUGAACAAACAAUUGAUAGCGUUUGAGAAGGUUCAUGUCACGGCAGGUGCAAAACGGACUGUUCAAGUCGAUGUUGAUGCUUGCAAGCAUCUUGGUGUAGUGGAUAAGUAUGGUAAGAGGAGAAUCCCAAUGGGUGAACAUAUAUUGCAUAUUGGUGACCUUAAACAUACUAUUUUGGUCCAACCGCAACUUUGA